AUGCCACCCGCCACGAAGCGCCUGCCCACCGCGCAGGACUUCCCCUCCACCAUCACCGUCACCGUAACCCCUCCACCCCCGUCGCACCCGCCCACCAACGUCCUCGUCCUCCUCCACGGCCUCGGCGACACCCACGCGCCCUUCGCGCGACUCGGCGCGCAAAUGGCGCUGCCCGAGACGUGCUGCGUCGCGGUGCGCGCGCCCGCGCCGCUGCCGUUCGACCUCGGCGGCUUCCACUGGGGCGACGACGUGCUGUUCGACGAGCGCACCGGCGACAUGGACCCGGACGCCGGCUUUGAGAAAUCCGCUACCCGCCUGCUGCUCGACGACGUCGUCCGCGGCGUGCUCGGGCAAAAGUGCGGCUACGCGCCGCGCGACGUCGUGCUCUUCGGCUUCGCGCAGGGCGGCAUGGCGGCCCUGCAGGUCGCGGCGCAGCUGGGCAAGACGCCGGGCGCGGAGCAGGAAGAGUUGGGCGGCGUCGUGAGCGUCGGCGGGGCGAUGCCGGCGGCCGCGUCGUUGGGGGAGGGAGGGAGGAAGUUCAAGACGCCUGUGCUGCUGUGCAAGGCGGCUCGCGGCUCGGGCGUGUCGGACGGCGCUGUGAGGCGGCUGAAGGAUAGCUUCGAGUUCGCCGAGGUCAAGGAGUGGAGGCGUGUCGGGGACGCCAUGCCUAGCAAUAGGGACGAGAUGAUGCCCAUCAUGCAGUUCUUCGCCAGGAGGCUGAAGAGCACCAGGGGCGUGCCCGAAGGCGCGGUGGAGAUUUCGUAG